UGAAAGAGAACUUCGGAGAGAAAGAAAAGGCCUUGUUUUUGUCCUCCUGAUUAGACAUAGGCUACAUUACUUGGAAUUAAGAAAUCCUUGGACAAAUGGUUUGAAAACAGCAACCCAAGCAGAAUGAACGUCCCGUCUCCACCUGAGAUGAAGCAGCUUUGGGAAAUGCUCUUUCCGCUCCUUAUCCUGCUUUACCUAUCGGGAGCUGUCAAGUCUCAAGUAAAUCCAGGUGUGUGUCGGUCCCCGUUGGGAAUGUCCAGAGGCCAGAUCUUAGAUGAAGAUAUUUCAGCGUCCAGUCAGUGGUCUGAUUCCACAGCAGCAAAAUAUGGCAGGCUGGACUGUGAGGAAGGAGAUGGUGCGUGGUGUCCUGAGAUAGCAGGAGAACCUGAGAAUAUAAACGAGUUCCUGCAGAUAGACCUUCGUUCUCUGCACUUCAUCACUCUGGUGGGCACUCAGGGACGUCACGCGGGGGGCAUUGGUAAUGAAUUUGCCCAGACAUACAAGAUCAAAUACAGCCGUGAUGGCAGCCGCUGGAUCUCCUGGCGCAACAGGCAGGGCAAAGAGGUGAUUGAGGGAAACAGGAAUGCCUAUGACAUUGUGUUGAAGGACUUGGAGCCACCCAUUAUUGCACGUUUCGUCCGCUUCAUGCCCGUCAUUGAUCACUCCAUGAACGUUUGUAUGCGUGUGGAACUGUACGGCUGUGAGUGGCUGGAUGGCUUGGUUUCAUAUAAUAGUCCACUUGGCCAGCAGAUGACUCUCAAUGGACAGUAUAUUUAUCUCAAUGACUCCGUGUAUGAUGGAGCCAUGAGUUACAGUAUGACAGAAGGACUUGGACAACUGACGGAUGGCAUGUGUGGCCUCGAUGACUUCACACACAGUCAUGUCUACAAUGUAUGGCCUGGUUAUGACUAUGUUGGCUGGACCAACGAGAGCUUUCCCAACGGUUAUGUUGAGAUCAUAUUUGAGUUUGACCGCACCCGCAACUUCACCACCAUGAAGGUGCACUGCAACAACAUGUUCUCCCAAAGGGUAAAGACCUUUCAGAAGGUGGUGUGUUAUUUCCGCUCAGAGUCGGACUGGGAAGCUACACCCAUAUCAUUCAGCCCCGUGAUGGAUGAUGUCAAUCCCAGUGCCCGCUUUGUCACCGUCUCACUCUACAAUCACAUGGCCAGUGCUAUUAAGUGCCAGUACUACUUUUCUGACAUCUGGAUGAUGUUCAGUGAAAUCACCUUCCAGUCAGAUACAGCCAUGUACAACACAACCCUGUCUCCCCCCAAAACUGGUACUCCUACCAGCAAUCAGCCAGGGGAUGACCCCACCCACAAAGUAGAUGACAGCAACACUCGGAUCCUGAUUGGCUGUUUGGUUGCCAUCAUCUUCAUUUUAGUAGCCAUUAUUGUUAUUAUACUAUGGAGACAAGUGUGGCAGAAGAUGCUUGAGAAGGUGUCUCGGAGGAUGCUGGAUGAUGAACUUACUGCUAGUUUGUCAAUACAGAGUGAGACCUUCACCUAUAACAACAACAGCCCCUCUUCAGUGCCCAGUGAACAGGAGUCUAGCUCCACUUAUGAGCGUAUCUUCCCUCUGGGACCCGACUACCAAGAGCCCUCUUGCCUGGUUCGCAAACUGCCAGAGUUUUCCCAGACCUCAGAGGAUACCGCUUCAACAAAUACAUCGUCCAAGUCCCCUCCAGUCAGUGUACAAGAGGGGGUCCCACAUUAUGCCGAGGCAGACAUUGUCAACCUGCAGGGUGUAACUGGGGGCAAUACCUACGCAGUGCCCGCCCUCACCAUGGACCUGCUGUCAGGAAAGGAUGUCGCUGUGGAAGAAUUUCCUCGUAAACUGCUUACCUUUAAAGAAAAGUUGGGAGAAGGGCAGUUUGGAGAGGUGCAUUUGUGUGAAGCAGAAGGCAUGCAAGAUUUCAUGGAUGAGGACUUCUCCUUCGAUGUCAUUGAAAACCAAACAGUGCUUGUAGCUGUUAAAAUGCUUCGAACGGAUGCAAAUAAAAACGCCAGGAAUGAUUUCUUGAAGGAGAUAAAGAUCAUGUCACGAUUGAAAGACCCCAACAUCAUCAGGCUGCUGGCGGUGUGUAUGAGCUCUGACCCUCUGUGUAUGAUCACCGAGUACAUGGAGAAUGGAGACCUUAAUCAGUUCCUGUCUCGCCAUGAGCCCGAGGGCAUGAUCGCUCUCCUCAGCAAUGCUCCCACAGUCAGUUACAGUAACCUACACCACAUGGCCACACAGAUUGCUUCAGGCAUGAAGUAUCUAUCAUCACUCAACUUUGUGCAUCGAGACUUGGCCACCCGCAACUGCCUAGUAGGGAAAAACUACACCAUCAAGAUUGCAGACUUCGGAAUGAGUAGGAACCUGUAUAGCGGAGACUACUACCGUAUCCAGGGCAGAGCGGUGCUGCCUAUCCGCUGGAUGUCCUGGGAGAGCAUUCUUCUGGGAAAAUUCACCACAUCCAGUGAUGUGUGGGCUUUUGGCGUGACCCUUUGGGAGAUGCUUACCUUCUGCAAAGAGCAGCCUUACUCACAGCUAUCUGAUGAGCAGGUCAUUGAAAACACAGGAGAGUUCUUUCGGGAUCAAAGGAGACAGAUAUACCUGCCUCAGCCGCCAAUGUGUCCAGACCCCGUCUACAAGCUCAUGUUGAGCUGCUGGCACAGGAACACCAAAGAGCGUCCAUCCUUCCAGGAGAUUCAUCACACAUUACUGGAUUGCAAGCCAUAGUGUCCACGUGUGUGCCAACCUUGGCACUCCCAGAGACGUUUCAGUGCGCCCACAGGACUCCAGUCAACUACACACCGCAACACGCACUUAUAUGUUCCCGAAUAUAAGUGAGAUCAGAGUCUAUCAUUUUUCUGUAGCAAUUUUCACUGUGAGUGUGCAAAGGCAAACUGAUAUAUAUUGUACGAUUGAACUACGCCCCCUAACUAAGUGCCUUCGGCUGGCUUACAAUUCCUGGGCAGCACUAGGCCAAAGAAAAUGUAGCAAUAAAUUUAGGCACCUUUAACACAGAAGAAUUGGAUUUUACACACUGUUUUUUUUUUCUUCAAAUAACUAUAAUAAAAUAUUUCUUUAAUAAAAUAUAUAUAAGAAUAUUUCUGAAUAGAAAGAGGAAAUGCCGAAAAACAAGGUAUUGGCUACUAAUACUCCUUUUAUUAUUUCCAAUUUAAUGUUGUUUUCAGUAUUUUGAAGCCGAAGACAGCUUGAAUGUAAAUAAGAAUCAUUAAUUGACAUUCAGAUUCACCUUUGGUUUUAUCUUGAUGUCUCUUGACGUUUUUGUGUAUAAUUUCAUCUCAUUUAUCGAAAAUGCUAAAGUAUUUUGUUAUUUUAUUUUUUCUUUGUAGUAAACUGCAAAGACCACUUUCAAAGUGG